AUGCGCCUUGCGUUGCUCUGGCCGCAGCGCUGCCGUCGGCCUUUCGCGAGGAGUUUUGCAGCAGCCCCCGUGAAGCCCGUGGAUGAUGCAGCUGCUGCACGUAGGCAGCACUCGAUCUACUACGCGCGGUUCACUCGCAAGUUUCCGGCGCAACUUGGGCCUCUGUCCAUGGAAGCGGUGGACCGAACAACUCGCUUUCUGACGAAUCGAGGUUUGGACCAGACGCGAGCACUGCGAGCCAUUUCUCGGCAUAUCAUGAUCACCUGCUAUUCGCAGAAAAUGAUGGACAGCAAGAUUGAGUGGCUGAGUAACUUGGGUCUUAGUCACAACAAGAUUAACGACGUUCUUGCGCGCCACCCAGUCAUUUUGGGGAGCUCUUUCGAGAAAUUAGAAGCACUGAUCCGGUGGUUUAUUGCCCACGGCGUGCCAGAGAAAAAAAUGCCGUAUUUGAUCAACGUGUUCCCCGAAAUAGCAGCUUUCAGCAUAGCGACGCUGGACACUAAGGUUGAUUUCCUUAAGGAAAUUGGGUGUGAUGAUGAUCAAAUUGCACGCAUAUUGGCGAUGGCACCGCGGGUACUUGGGUAUAGUAUUGAGAAGCUACAAGCCAAUGUGGAUUAUCUGGAAGAACUGGGCGUUCCUUGUGAGUUUAUCCCAGUCAUCACAGCAAGAGUGCCUCAGUUCCUUGGCCUAAAGACUACUCGAAUUAAGGAAACUGUGGAUGCGGUGGACGUCAUGUUUGGGGACGGGGCUGGUGUGGAGGCUUUACUUCGAAACUCGCGCAUCGUCAUGCACAAUGUCAGCGGUAUACGUCGUGCCUACAAUUUUCUGCUGUCAGUCGGCUUCACCGUAGAGCGACUGAAGCAGUGCACGAGAUUUGUGAUGCGUAGUGAGAAAUUUAUCCUUCGUCCGCGUGCCAAGUUCCUGGAGACAAAGGGAGUGAACGUGGUUAGCAGCUCCUCGUGGAUCUUGAUGACAGAAAGCCACUUCAUUGAAAAAUAUCCCGACUACGCAACAUAUUUGACUCAGUACAAGGCGCGACUGAAGAAGAAAAAGCAGGCGUUGGCCCGCUGA